AUGCUUGAGGUCCGCGGCUCCUCGGUGUUAAGGCACACCGGCUCUGGCGUCCCUGCGGAUGCAGCUGGCGCGACAUCGCCCGCUCCCAUCUCAAACCACCGUCAGCUCCUUCCUCAAAAAUCUGAAUCCCAAUCCCAAAACAUCCUUGUAUCACGCACCUCGCCUGCGCCCGGCCUGGGCCUCACCCUCACCGUCGAUGUGCUCCUAGCUAACGCAGCUGCGGACCAAAGCGCUGUCGGCGCCGCCUCCAGCUCCAUUCAGCUCGACCCAAAUCCAGUCAGCCAACAACAUGGGACGACAUUGCUUCCAGACCCGCCCAUUACUCCAUCAACUCCCACCAUGGCACCGGACAUGGUCGCCUCCGGCAUGGUCGCCAUGGUCGCCUCCGGCAAUCCAACCUGCAGGGAUGCAGCCCUCUGCGCCUCACAAGGGCCCGCCAAUAAGCUGCCACCAUCACAACCUCCUCAAGACGAUGGGAACUGCACUGGGAGCGCACACGGCUUCGGUCUUGGGCUCAGGACUGGACUCGACGCCGGGCUGGAAGGCUGCGAGCCGCGCUGCGCACGCCCUCCGCCUGUGGAGCUGUACGGCAGAAGCGGGGAUAACUCUAAUGUUAACAGCGGCGACGGCAGCGGCGGCGGCGGUGCCAAGAGCCCCCGACCUCAGCGGGAACCUGCUGUACGGAGCUCCUCGGUACGACAUAAUCGUACAACCGGGCAUCUUGCGUCGGCUGCGUACGGCGGCGCCGCAGAGACACGGUCGAAGUUGCUAUCAUUACAACAGUCAACGGCGGCGGCAAGGUCAAGUACGACAUCGGUUGAUACUCACAGGCCGGUGGCGUCGCCGGGGGGCUCGUCGCUGGCUCGCGGCAAGAUCCCUGCAGAUCAUGGCAACAGCGGCAGUAGCGGCGGUGGCGGCGGCGACGGCGGCUGUAGCAAUACCGGGGAUAGCAGCACCGCCAGGGAUACUGCCGAGGCGCGGCCAGGGGAGGUGAUUGGGUCCCGGGAACGAAGGUUGGGGUCAGCUGCCGCGCGCUCCGGCAGUAGCGGUAGUACCAGACGAAGCUGUAGCAAGAAGCGCCGUAGUAGCGGCGACGGCGUCAACGGCCCUGGCAGCGGUGGCAGCUUGGGCGGCAGUAGCAGCGGCAACUUGAGAUCUAGCAGUAGCAGUAGCACCCUCAGGCGGCUCCGCGGGCGCCGCUCUCGUUCGAAGCAGCGGACGAUGAAGUCUUGCAAUGAUAGCGGGGGCAGCGGCGGCAGCGCCAGUACUGGCAGCAGCCGCAGCAGUAGCGCAGCCUGCAUAGCAUCAGUGUAUGGACAGGUCAUGCGACCUGGCGGCAUGAGAACGGGCAGUUCCAAGCCGAAUGGGGCGGCGGCAGCGGCGGCGGUGCCGUCGUUACAAGGUUCCGGACCGGCCCUUGCAUGUGCUGGCGGCUCGGAGACGUUGUCGGUGGCGACGCCGUCGGCUGCUGUCGUACUGCAGAAUAUGUCCACCGCCGUCGCCGGCGGAUGCAGCGCCAACGUCAACGCCGGCAGCGGCAACGACCGAGAUCACCAGGCCCUAGCGCGAAUCCCCUCGGGAUUCGUCUGUUUCACCAACCCCCUAUCCCGCGCCGUCGCCACCGGGCUGCUGCCGCCGUCAGGCGCCGUCGCCGCCUCCGCAGGCGCCGGCCCUUUGAAGUCCAGUUCCUUUGGAUCCCAUUCUGAGCCCCAUUCACCGCGCGCGGCCGCCACCCUGGCUACCAGCUCCUGGCGCCAUUCCCUGGAGCCGCUUACAUCUACGCCCUCAGGGCGUUACCCGUACGACAUAAGUGCAGCAACGGUGGCGGCGGCGCCGCAGCCGCCAGAGCUUCUAAGUGGCGGCUCUGAGGAGCAUAAUAGCCAUCACCACGUCCAGAGUCAUAAGCAACAGCCGCCACCGCCGCCGCCGCUGCAGCAGCAGCAACGACGUCGCGCCAGCGGAACCGCCAGCUUAGCCGGUGACGGCGUUGGGGCUGCAGAGUCGCGACCUGGCCGUAGCUCGCCGCCGCAGCUGCAGCCGCUGGAUCCCGUACCGACGGUGCUACUGCCGCUGCCGGCAGCGGUGGCGGCCGCUGCCGCCACCGACGGCGGCCCUGGCAGCCGCAAUUCUAUGGGUUACGCGCCAGGCGGGACCUACCCGCAAUCAAAGCCGCCGCCGCAUCUAGCUCCAUUGCAUCCUCAACCGCAUCACCAGGCUGAUGUAACGGUAACUGCGCCUACCGUAUCCUCCGUCUUGCCUGCCGCCAUCUCCUCCUUCGCCGCGGCCUCUUCCGCCGCCGCCGCUCCCGCAUUGUCUCCGUCACUUGCCGCUCCGCCGGACUGGCGGAGACCCACGCCGCCGCCGCAGCUGCAGCAGCAGCAGCUACAGCCGCCGCCUGGAGCUGCGCAACCCGGCGUCGGCACCCAGCCGGGCGGCGCCACGACCACCGCCGUCGCCACUCCUGGCGGCGGCGUUGGCGGCUCGACGGCGCUUCUCGUCAUCGGCGGCGCCGCCGGCCCUGUAUCCGGCUGCACCGCCGGCAAGAGCUACAGCCCGCCGCCAGGGUCGACGGACGCUGGCGUGGACGCCGACGGCGGCGGCGAGUCGGCGUGCAGUAGCAGCGGCGGCGCCGUCACCAACCGAACCUUUGGAUCGGUUACGGUUCGUGAGCCUUCGGAGCACGUCCGCCGAGCCCAGGAGCGGUUGGAGGCAUACAGCCGGAUUCAGAGGGAGAAGGCGCGGCUUAUGGAGGCGGAGGAGGCGGCGAAGCGGCAGCGGCAGUCGGAGGAGCGCCACCGACACGCGGCGCAGCGGGAGCGGCGGCGUGUGGAGGUGUACGCUCUCAACGCGCUGAUGGCGCGUUCCGAGGCCGCUAGGACGCAACUUCUCAUCGCGGCCAUGACCCAGCAGGCCCAGCAGGCCCAGCAGGCGAAACUCGCAACUUCUCAAGCACAGGACCGAGAUCAUGACCGCGACUGCGACUGCGAUGACCCGCGGGAUAAAAUGGCGGUGGCAAAUCACCACCACAUUCAUAACCAUAACAGUAACAUACGUAACCAGAAUCAUAGUGAUAAUCAUAACCAGAAUCAUAAUCUUAACUACAAUCACAUUCAUAACCAGAAGCAGCAGCAGCAGCACCACCACCAGCAGCAGUCGUUAGGAGCAUCGGAGGAGCGGCCGCAGCGCUUUGAGUACGGCAGCGAUAGCGGAGAUAGUGGAGACAGCGAUGAUGAUGAGGAGGGAAAACAGCAUGAGGGGGAGGAGGAGGGUGGAUCAGACGGGGACGGUGCUGGCGGCCGUAACGGCGAGAUUCAUCGAUGGGAAGCGACGCAGGUUGUGCGAUGCAAGGCAAGGCAAGGACCAGGAGCUGAGUUGCUACGGCAUGGAGUAUAG